AUCGCCAUCUUCUCAAUAGCUGCGACUGACCUAAAUCAGUACGGAUUUCUAGGGCUACUUUUCACCACCCUGUUAGUACCGCCCUUCACACUGAUUGGCUCUCUGUUCAUUUUUUCUGAGAUUUCUCCUGACUUCACGGAUUACUUGGGAGAUUCAGAAUCUCAAGUUGUAUUUCUGGCACUGCUAAUACCUUAUCUUCAUUUUUUGAUUUUCCUUUUUGUUCUGAGAUGCCUGGAAGUAAAUUUUAGAAAGAAAUCAAUGAGAAAGGAUCCUGUGUUCAGAAUUUCUCCAAGAAGCAGUGAUGUUUUUCCAAACCCAGAAGAGCCCGAUGCGGAGGACGAAGAUGUCCAGAUGGAAAGAGCAAGAACAGCAGCUGCCGUGACUGUCCCAGAUGUGAAUGAGAAACCGGUCAUCAUUGCCAGCUGUCUACGGAAGGAAUAUGCAGGCAAAAAGAAAAACUGUUUUUCCAAAAGGAAGAAAAAAAUUGCCACAAGAAAUGUCUCUUUCUGUGUUAAAAAAGGUGAAGUUAUAGGGCUGUUAGGACACAACGGAGCUGGUAAAAGUACAACUACUAAGAUGAUAACUGGAGACACAAAACCGACUGCAGGGCAGGUGAUUCUGAAAGGGAGCAGCGGAGGGGACAGCCUGGGGUUCCUGGGGUACUGUCCUCAAGAGAACGCGCUGUGGCCCAACCUGACAGUGAGGGAGCACCUGGAGGUCUACGCCGCCGUGAAAGGGCUGAGGAAAGCAGACGCCAAGGUCGCCAUCACACGGUUAGUGGAUGCGCUCAAGCUGCAGGAGCAGCUGAAGGCUCCUGUAAAGACGCUGGCAGAAGGAGUAAAGAGAAAGCUGUGCUUCGUGCUGAGCAUCCUGGGGAGCCCGUCGGUGGUUCUUCUGGAUGAACCGUCGACCGGGAUGGACCCCGAGGGGCAGCAGCAGAUGUGGCAGGCGAUCCGGGCCACCUUUAGAAACACUGAGAGGGGUGCCCUCCUGACCACCCAUUACAUGGCAGAGGCUGAGGCCGUGUGUGACAGAGUGGCCAUCAUGGUGUCCGGAAGGCUGAGAUGUAUCGGAUCCAUCCAACAUCUGAAAAGCAAAUUUGGCAAAGAUUACCUGCUGGAGAUGAAGGUGAAGACCCCCACCCAGAUGGAGCCCCUCCACGGAGAGAUUCUGAGGCUUUUCCCCCAGGCUGCUCGGCAGGAAAGGUACUCUUCCCUGAUGGUCUAUAAGUUGCCUGUAGAGGAUGUGCGACCUUUAUCCCAGGCUUUCUUCAAAUUAGAAAUAGUUAAACAGAGCUUCAACCUGGAGGAGUACAGCCUCUCACAGUCCACCCUAGAGCAGGUUUUCCUUGAGCUCUCCAAGGAGCAAGAGCUGGAUGAUUUUGAUGAGGAACUUGAUUCCUCAGUGAAAUGGAAGCUUCUUCCACAGGAAGAGCCUUAAAGCUCCAAAUGCCUUGUGGUUCUCUUUAAGCUUGUGACUCUUCUAGCAUUAACAUACCUUAUCUCAGAUAUAGUAUAAAAUACUUUUGAAACUCAUGUCAUAGUUUUUCUCAAUAUUUCUCAUAGUGAGACCAGCUGGUAAAGUAAGUGAGAACGGUGAUGGGGCAUUCGGAGAUUGCUCCAUCCAGAGCAAGCAAACCCCAUGUUUCAUACAGUAUUAAGUUUUAAAAUGCAUUUAUUAUAGAAUACUUUACAUUACUAGAAUGAUCCAGAGAUGGUCUACUUUUCUUUCUCUGAACUUCAAAAUAUUGAAUAUUUUUCUAUCUUUUUGAGCUGGUAAAGUAUAAAUUAAGGCAUAAUGUUGAUUCUAGGGGAAAGGAAGCCAAUUGAUUACACAGCAGCACAGUAUUUGGUUUUUUGUAGUUCACUUUUUUCAAAACCUGUUCUUAAUUCACGGAUUUUCCUUUUCUAUCAUUUUUCAGACUUUAGACUGCAAAGUCUGUGUUUGUUUGUUGUGACAUAAAGGCAAUUGGAAACCUGUUAAAACAAAUAAUGACAGAAAGGAUUUGAAUGAUUGAAUUGAUGGACAUUUAAAAAUAUAUAUUUUACAUACAACUUUGAAACAUUUUUCUGAUUUUAUAUGUGUUCUUAUGAUUCAAGGUUCUACUUUAUGCAAAUCAUUAAAACUUCAUAGGUCUCUA